UCAUCUCCAUCUCCCUUGCAUAAAAAUUCUCGACAAUUCGUGUUUUAUGGUCUCCGUAGGGUUUUGCUUAAACCCUUCAUCGAACUAAUAUGGCUUUGAGAUCCGCGGCGGCGUUGGUGUCCGGUCCACGUGGCUUGUGUCGGCUCUUCUCAACGUCUCCGAUCUCAUCUUUCAUCCCUCCUUCGAUAGCGUCUACAGAGACUCCGAAACGGGAGAUGGCUGAGCCCAGCACUAAUCUCUUCGUCUCCGGGCUUAGUAAACGGACCACUACAGAAGGACUUCGCGAAGCCUUUUCAAAGUUUGGUGAAGUGGUUCAAGCAAGAGUAGUGACUGAUAGGGUCAAUGGAUACUCUAAGGGGUUUGGUUUUGUAAGAUAUGCCACUUUAGAAGAUGCUGCGGAAGGCAUAAAAGGCAUGGAUGGAAAGUUUCUGGACGGUUGGGUGAUAUUCGCAGAGUAUGCAAGACCCAGGCCAACAACCCCUCCACCGGAGAAUAAUACGUACUCCCCAUAUGGUAAUAACAUGUCUAAUCCAUAUGGACGCCAAUAAUCUCCAAUGAUUUCACUGGACCCCCAGCUUAUAUUUUAUUGUACUUGCACUACUCGACACAACUUUAUAAGCUGCUGCUUAAUUAUUUGUUGUCCAAUGAAUGAUUCGUUUGUGUUCAUUGAUCCAAUGAUCUGUAACCUGAAAAACAGGUUUGUUGAACCUUUAAACAGUGGUGCAAAAACUGUAUUGUAUUCUCUACAUCAUUGAUCAACAACAUAGUCUGUUCUUUAU